UUCCCACCUUGAUGGAUCGUGUCCACAGUACUGUUAUUUCCGUCAGCACUUGAAGGCAACAUUGGUCGCUACUGUUUACUAGCAAUUCUGCUGCAGCUAGCUAGCUUUACCAAACUGAUUUGUCACAGUUGCUGUUAUAAAGGAAACUAUGAAUUAGUGGAGUUUGGACGAAUGACUUGAACCAAGCUAGCAAUGUGUUUAAUUCACAUAAUUUCUAACGAGAUUAGAGUUAGUUUUAAUGUUAAACAGGUAGUUAAGUGCUAAUAUCAGUUAGCACCGAUGGUCUCUGGACCCUCCUUCUCGGUUUCUGACCUGAACUUAGUUACCAGCAACUAAGUCCCUUUAAUAGAGCAGAAUUUAACUUUUUAAUCGCCUUUUUGUCAUUGUUAGUCUACCAGGUAGCUUGUUACUUUUGUAUUUAAAGAUGGACAAGUUUCUAAUGCGGCUUCCUAAGGGGGAAACACCUACAAAAUCGAAAAGCAACGAGAAGGUUUACAAACAAGCUACAAUUGAAUCUUUACGGAGGGUGGUUGUGAUUGAGGAUAUCAAGCGCUCAAAGUCCAUCUUGGAGCUGCCAGAACAGAGCAAAGACAACCUGCUGACUGCCCUGACAGAGCUGAGCAAGAAGAUCCCAUCCAGGGAGGUGCUCAAGUCCACUAAAAUAGGUCACACUGUCAACAAAAUGCGGAAGCAUCUGGACCCUGAGGUGAGUUCAAUGGCAGCAAAGGUUUACACUGACUGGAGGACAUUCAUUGAGGAGAAUUCCAAUAAGCCGUCUAUUGAAGUUCGCUCCGACAGACAAUCUGAAGGACUCAGGAGCAACGCUAGAAGACUAAUGUCUGAGGCCCUGGAGGUCAAGGAGGACUCUGGUCUUAUAGACAACAUUGAGAGAGAAGUGUUUCACCGCAGCUCCCGGUUAGUCAGCAGUUCAUACAGACGGACUGUGAGAGCGCUGGUGUUUGCGUUCAAACACAACCCUGAGAUCAGAACUCAAGUGAAGGACAACACGAUGUCAGUCAACCAGCUGGUUUCCAAGUACAAGAAAUAACUUGUUGUUACCUGCGCCAAGGAGGUUAUGUUUUCCUUUCAGUUUGUUUGUUUGCCGGCAGGAUUACGGAAAAAAAGACUCAACCGAUGUUCAUGAAACACGGUGGAAGGGUGUAUCAUGGGCCAAGGAAGAACCCAGUAGAAUUUGAAGCAGAUCCAAAUCACGAUGCGGUUACACAAACUAUUUUUAAAUAUUAAGUUUCCUAGUUUUACUUUAAAUGUGUCAAGGUUUUUAGACUCGUACACAUUUACAUUGUAUUAACAUUUUUAUUAUUUUCUGUAAAGGAGAUAUAAAAUAUUACACUUUGUGUCAGCAGCCUUACACUGUUUGAUGUAAGUCACAGUCAAGAAUAAUGUAUUGUUGGUAGCGAUGCCAUCUCUCCUUUUGUUCUGGAAUCAUGAAUUGUUUUGUUGACGAUCUGUUUUUAUACUAUUGGUGAAGAUUGUUUAUACAAAAUAUAAUUGAAAAUAUGACAACUUAA